AGCCGUAGAGCGCGGUGGACGUGCCGUAGCGUCGUAGCGCUUAGCAGUCCCGUGAUACAAAUUGUGAUCGGAAAAAUGUGAUACUGCUAAAUGAAAUACUUGCUCAAUAUAAUCCUAGUGGCGUUUUGAGUGUGUGAAAAAAAUGGAGUUGAAGACUUGUCUGCUGUUAUUUUUCUUCAUCUGUUCAACGGCUGGGAAUCCGGCAAAAAUGGAUUCAAAACAGGAGCAGUGCAACAAGACAGUUGGUAUUUAUGAUGAUGUCUCCUCGCCGCCAGUCACUCCUGAGAACUUCGGCAGACCACUUACAUGUACAUAUAGGUUUAGAGCAUUUCGGGGUUCACCGAAGGAUUGGAUCCUGAGGAUCCGUUUCAAAAAGUUCAAAGUUGGCACGUUAAUAAAUGGAACUACGUGCCAUAAGGGAUAUAUGCAGAUCGUGGAUGGCAACGCCAAGACAGACGUCACUAACAGAAAGGAGCCUGGUCUGUUUUGUGGGGAAAUCGAACAGCCUCAGACGUUCAUAUCGGAGACCAACUUCGUGAAGAUUGUGUUCCACGCCGACAACUUCACAGAUCAAACUUAUUUCAGUUUCGACUCAAGAGCAGAACAGCAAUUCGAAGUGUACUUGCGAUAUGGCCAACAUCCAGAAUUAUACCCAAAUCGAAGAGGUGAAGUGAUAGCGGGGUCAUACUGCGAGCGUGUCUUCCGAGAUUGUAGACUGCAAACCUGUUACGUACAGUCAGCUGCUUAUCCUGGAGUAUACCCGAGAAAUCUGCAUUGCAGGUAUCACUUAAAUACGCGAUUGCCAUACAUAAAACUGUACAUAGAGAAUGAAGAAUUUAACAUAGACGGUCAACGAUGCGAGAACAUCAUGACUUGCCCCAUGAGGCCGAUAACUUCAGGUUCAGAAAAUUGCCCGUACGACUACAUAAGGAUAUACGACGGCAAAGACGAAUCGGCGUCUGUAAUUGGUACUUUCUGCGGCAUGGGCAAAUUUCCAUACUCCAUCAUCGGAACGUCACAGGAUCUGUUCGUGGAGUUUGUUAGCUCACCUGCGGGUCCGUUAUUAAACACUGGUUUUCACUUCAACGUUGGUAACUGGCCUGGCCACGUAGAGGCACCAGGAUCUAAAGUGGGGACUUGUGACUGGCAACUGACUGCUGAAUCUCUCAAGAAGUCUGGCGAUACUGAGGGUAUCUUUCUCUCAGUAGCACACUGGUAUCCACCGCACACUUCGUGUACUUAUUUGAUGCAAGGCUUUCCAGGGCAGGUUGUGAGAUUGUAUUUCCCGAGUUUCCGAAUAAAUCGCAUAGAAUCUCCGAUAGUGCCGUGGACGGGAGAUUGUGGGGAAUCCUUGACGUUAUAUGAUGCCCCCCGACCGGAUGAUGCACGUAUUAUAAAAACAUUCUGCGACACUUUCAGCAGACCGAUGGAGAAACAUGACUUUGUUUCUACAGGAAAUGCUAUGUUUGUGAGAUUUGAGAGUAAAACUGGAAGUUAUAGCGGAUCAUCCCUUUACUAUUGGGCUCAUUAUGACUUUUUCAACAACACACGCUUUGGUGAGCCCGUGCCUGGAACAGCUUGUGAUGAAGUUAUAGCAUCUUGGAAACAAAGAGCUGGAAGACUCCGUUCGCCUCUAAAUACUUUAGUAUACAAACAAGCACCAGUGGGAGAAGAUGUUCAUUGUUUAUACAGAUUUGUCACCGAUAAGAGAAUAUACGCAAGAGUUAUACUCACGAUACUGAGCGUUAAUUUCAAGGAACAUCCGUACACGCCGGUUUCUUGCCAAAAUUGCUACGAAGAUAGAGCCGACAAACUUAUUAUUUGGGAACCACUUCCUGGCGGAAAGAGCGCCAAUUUAUCAUUGGGAGUCACCACUACACCCUUGCCACUACAUUUAGCUGUACAAAGAUCUCUCGGUUCUUGUCUCUGUGCCAAACACGCUAAUACAGUAUCCAGAGCAAGACCUUACAGAGUAGUAUCCUCUGGUGAAACAUUGAAUUUACAAUUAAUAGUAGAUAACGCUCAUGCUGCAGCAUCGUAUUUCAAGAAUCCUUCGCCACUUUUUGAAGCUCGCUAUGAAUUUGUUCACGGACCUUUAUGUGGACCAGCUGUACUAGCAGCAGCAUCAGAUGGGGAAAUAGUAUAUCCCCAUUUAGAAGCGUUAGGUUAUACCGAGCCACCAAAACGUAUUCAAUGUAUUUGGGAUUUGGAAAUAGAGGAAAAACGAGAUAUCUGGUUACACUUCGACAGCAUUAAAUUUGCCUCUAGGCAUUGUGAAGAUGGAAACAUACAAAUUUAUUUACCAGGCAGAAUUGAUCCUUAUCUUUCGAUUUGCGGUGGAAAUGUUUCUGAAACUGACAAAUUACCAAUAUUAUCAGCUGGUGAGCUUGGAUUUGAAUCCCUAGAUGAUCCAUUAGUAAUAGAAAAAGACAAAACUAGAUCAAUCAGAAUAGUGUUUAUAGGUAGCGCCUCCCCAGCACGGGCUGCAUUUAAAAUUGCCUGGACGGGCCUUUUUCAUUUACCUAAAAACUCGGACGGUACUCUUAUGACAUCUCGGUUAACUGAUGGUGGAUUAAAAUCAUCAGACUCGGGACUAGGUUGCGAUUUCAUAUGUCCUGGAGAUGAUGCUCUUUGUAUACCUGCAAGACUUAUAUGUAAUGGUGUGGUCAAUUGUCCAAAUGUAACAUCAACAGAAAGGAAAUUCUGGACUGCAGAGGAGAAAAAAGCUAGGGAAGCAUAUUCCGAAGAUAGUUUACGUCGCUUGGGCUACUUGGAUGCUUUAGGUGGCACACCUUUGGGUCAACUGAACGAUGAAGCACCAGAACUGUGUGCGAGGGCAUUAAAUUCAGUUGCAGGUGAGUGGACAGCUCCGGCAUUGGGGGCUGGUUUAGCAAUUGCUUUGGGCAUUUGCGCGUUGGGUGCUGCUUGGCGUUUGUGUUGCCGUAAGAGGUCACCUGACGAGGAGUCAUUAGAUUACUGACACGCGGCCCGCGGUGCCCAUGCACCGCCGUCUCUUCAUUCUCGUUCUACGUCACGAGAUCUUCCCUUAGAUUGGAGUUUACAUUGACAGACACUGUAUUGAGCGCCUAGGCCCUACCUUGUUAAUAAUUGAACGACAACUCAAAAAUUGUGAUUCUCAAAAACUUAAAGUGAAUCGUUUAGUUUUACGCGCUCAAAUUCUGCGCUUCUAAAACCAUUGUAUUUACUCGAGGGUACUUUGUAAAAAUAGGCGCUCAAUUAAUAGUUGUGUAAUUAAUGUAUAUACCUAUCCUAUACCGAACUAAUUAAUGCUUUCAAGAAAUGAUCAUAGGUUAGGACAAGGUGAUAGUAGCCAAACAAUUAAGCAAUUAUCAUUUAGAUAAAUAUAGUUGUAAUGAUUUUUUAUAAAAUUUGGAAGUACCCAUUACCUGUUAAUUAUGAGAGAGAAUCUAAUAAGAAGGAAAAAAAGGAAAAAUGCAAGAUAAUUAGAUAUAACUUGCAAAUGUUAUGGAACAACACACCAUAAAACGCAAUAUGCAUGCAUAAAUAAAAUCAAUUGUAACAUAUUGUAGAUACGUUGAAAGUAUUGAAUGCAUUUUUCAGACUAUAAAGCUCUCAUCUUAUUUUAUAGCACCGCAGAUUCUCAUUUAGUAUCAUUAAAGUUUCAAGUAUAUUACUCUAAUUAGGUGGGUCUCUAAUAAACCACGCUAAAGCGAUAACGUGAAAUUGAUUAAAAAUUACCUAUGCCUGUACUUGAAAUAAUUUUUAACCUACUCGAACAACGAAAAUGGUUGGUUCUCAAAUGAAGAUUGUGUACUUUUGUGUAUUAUGGUAUGCGAUCCCAUUGUUAUUGUAUAAUAAUAACAAUGACUGAGCAUCAUAAAUAACGUAAAGAUAUAAUAAUUAAUUAAUCAAUAACUUUAAAAUAUAAAUUUUAUAUUUUAAAGUUAUCUAUUUUAGUUUACUUUUAAAAUAAUCCAUACGUUGUUAAAAUUAUAGUUAAUUUUCAAUUGAAAGUGAAAAUAAAUUGACUUAUAUAUGAUGUAAAAGCUUAUUUGUCAUGUGAAAUAAAAAAUGCGAUUUUAAUAUAAAUAAAUAUAAAUUAAAUCACAUUUAGUUAAAAAGAAAAUUAAAAUGGAGACAGAAGCAAAAAUUUUCUCGCUAACGCUUCCCUGUUCGUCGCUUUAUUUGGGAGCCCACCUCUGAAUAUCUUGACUGAAACAUCUUACACGUCAUCCUUAGUUGGUACUUGUUAAUAUAAUGUAAAUAUAUUAUGAAGCUAAAUUAAGAAUGUUAUUAGUGCUCCUACAUACGAGGGGCACUUGAGCGAGGACGGAGGUAACUACAGCUGAUGCCGCUUAGAGUUACUACAAGUCGACACAUAAUCGAUACGUUUUCUCGCUUUUCUUAUUUAUUGUAUAAUGAAUGAAUGAAUGAAGAGUCUUUAAUAUUGUAUAUGUACAUAAAAUCUGCAUUACAAAAAGAAGAGUAACAAUGAACAGCUUUAUUUCUAAAUAGUGGACUCUUUAAUGUAACUUUAUCAUUGUAAAAUAUUGCUUUUAGUUGAAUGUUUGAAGAUUGGUAUAUGGUAGUACACUGGGUAUAAAGGCAUAACAUUUUAAUUUUCAAAUAUGGCAUCGCAUAAAGGGUAUCGUAGACGACACAGUAUACUCUGUUAUGCCCAUGACUUUGUUCAUGUAUAUAGACGAUAAAUACCACAUUCCAUCACGUGGGCCAUCUGUUUCUUUGCCAUUUUACAUUUCAUAAAAAAAUACCUUUGUGUAACACAAUUUUUUUACUACUACAGUUGUUAACGGACAAAAUUCUUAAUCGAUCCUAUAUUUCUCAAGGUACUAAAUAAAUUCUUUAAAUUCCUCUUUCAAUCUUUCGACGACUAGAAUCUAAAUUAACUUUAAUUAAUAGAAGUCAAAAAUGAAGCAAUAUUUACCAUUGAUGCGUUGACAACUAUUAUCAACUGCUGCAGUUACCCCAGUCAUCGCUCAAGUGCCCCUCGUGUGUAAAAACACUUAGUAUUAAUAUAAAUUCAAUGAUCUCUUGGGAGCACACUGUAUUGGAAGCUAGCAAAAUGGCGGACUACUGUAAAUUAAUUUGUUUUUCACUUCCAAGGGAUCUUGAAUUUCUUAACAUUAAGGCGAACUACGCACGAUUAUUAGCAAGAAAAUAGUUGUAUAUUUGCAAUAAUUUAUGUAUUUUUUAACUGAUGGUUGUUCAUGCACUGUUAGUAAACGCCUUUAUAAAAACCCGCUAAAACCCGCUAUAGAUGAAAAAUAAACAAUUAAAUUGAUUAAUGUUAUAUUAAUUAUUAUAGACUUUAAUUAUAAGUAUGGUCUUCUAACACAAAUGUCAUUCCGUUUGAAACUUGUGUAAAUGACUUUCAUUUAAAUUUCUACACUGUAUUAAAACACGGUACAGUAUGGUACGCUAUAAUUUUAUCGUAACGAUAUAAUAAUAAAAGCAAAGCCUAUAGUGCAUUACUUUGAGCAUUACUUUAUCGGAACAUUAAAAGAAUCAUCGUUCAAUUUAAUAUAUUUACAUCACAAUUUUUUUGUUUUUUUUUUUUUAUUUUCCAAAACUUGUGAAA